UGUGGACACUACUCUCGCUUAAAAUAGGAUUUGAAAUCAAUGUAGCCAAUAGCACAAUGACGUUUUCACCAUGGCUUUGACAGAUACGGAAGAAGAUCGAGAUUAAAAAGAUUGUAAUUUUUAAUUCAGAAAUGAUUUUUUUGCUAUAGUAUUGUUGCUGCAUACGAAUACGGCAAGAGGAAUAUGUAUACGAACAAUGAUCAGAAAACACAGUACGCUUCGUGAUAUGAUCUGAAAGAAGGGUGUAUCUUUUGCCUCUUACAAAUUACAACGUAAUCUAAUGUGUCAUCAUCACCAUCUAUUGCGAGAUUGAAUCGUGAGAUAUCAAAAAAUUGGGAAGUUAUAGAUCGGAUAAGAAUUUGUUGCUAAAAGCCAUGAAAAUUAAUGAGAAAAAUAUGGUAGCGUUUGCGACUUCCGCAACGCCGGUAGACCGCGAAGGUUGGUUGAAUAAACGCGGAGAGAUAAAUCGGGGUUAUCAAAGACGGUGGUUUGUUCUCAAAGGAAAUAUACUAUUCUAUUUUGAUCGCCGCGGUGAUAAAGAACCAGUGGGCAUGAUUGUACUCGAGGGCUGUACAAUUGAGCUAGCGGAAGACGAAGAACAGUUUGGUUUUAAAAUAGUUUUUCAUGGGCCAAACAACAGAAGUUAUGUCUUAGCAGCAGAGUCUCAGGAAUCCAUGGAACAAUGGAUGAAGGCAUUGGCAUGUGCCAGUUAUGAUUAUAUGAAACUUAUGGUGACAGAAUUACAACGUCAAUUGGAUGCUGUAGAGGAAGAAACAGCAUCCACACCGAUUCAACAGUCUCCUAAGGCACCACCAAGACAGCGGCAUAAUCCAUUCAACAGACCAGAUUCUCAUCAUCGUUCUCAGAGUGUCAGAUCAGCACCUGCUAGAACAGAGAACAUACCUAGAACUAGAAUAACUUUUCGUGAACUUCAUACAGCAUAUGGCAGGCGAAUCUUGGCAGAUCUGAAUGCAUGGAGGCAUGCAAAGAAAAAUGCAGAGGCACCCCUAAUAACUUUAUAACUUUGCAUAUGUAUCAUUUAAUUAUUGUUGAUAUUAUGUAUAUAAUCAACUAGAGUUACUGACUCAAAAAGGUCAGCUAUUUGUUAAGGAGUGCAAGAAACUAAUAGAAAUAUUUCUAUUAUAAUCUAUAAUAUAUUGUAUACGGUCUGUAUGUGUGCAUGGUGUGUAGUGUGCGCGCGCGUGUGUGAGAGAGAGAGAGAGAGAGCUCGGGUGUGACAAAAAAUAAUAUAAAAUAAUUUAUUUAGAUAAAAGAGAUUUAUAAACGAUACAAUUCUUCACUUGUUAUUUCAUAUCUGUAAUUUUUUUUAUAAUAAUUUUUUAAUUGGAACACACUACAUUAUUAUAUCUACAUUACUACAUAACUAUGUUACACUGAGAUUAUGAUAGAUUAUUAUAAUAGAUAAGAGAGGUAAUAAAAGGUAAUGAUAAAAAUAAAUAUUAAUAAUUACAACAGAAGUAUGAGUUACAAACUCAUAUAUUUUUUUAGAAAUUAUAUAUGAGGUAUUCCUUUGUCAUUAUCAUGAUAUGGAAAAAUAAAAAAAAUGCAAUGUUUAAUUUUGAAAAAAAAUGUCUACAUGAUGCGCGCGCAGUAACUUAAAAUCCUCCUAUUCAUUCAAGGCCGCGGUCCGAUUCACGCUCAAAGCACUAUUGGCGUCAUUCUACCUUAUUUUACGUCUAACAAUACGUCUGAACAAUAAAGAUAGAAUGACAUCAGAAACGAAAAAAAA